AUGUUAUCAUACGCUCCAUCUCGAGAUCGUAAUUUAUUUGUGCGGACGAAUGAUAUAGCCUUGUUGGAGAAGAUACAGCUUGACAAAGCUGCCAGCUAUUCUGGAUCCGAGGAGAAAGUCCACAAAUCAUCUUUAUUAGACUGCAUCCGUUAUAGUCCUUCUAAAUUAGGCCAUGAUCAUCAUCUCCUCUAUAUUAUUCUUCAGUCAUUUCAUCGUCGCAACUUACCACAUGCUUCUUUGCAUCUGGAUAACAUUUUUAUUUCUGAAGAUUUUAUCAUCGACAUUGGAUUACCAAAUCCUAAAAUUAUAUCCCUAUUUUACAAUAUUAACAAUGAAUGCAAGAUAAACCCUCCCUCGCCUACUGGCACGUGCCAAAUCAGCAACUCCCUAAGUGUGAUGACCUGGCGAUGGGUCAUCAGAGAUAUAUCUAAUUAUGAUUACUGCAUGUUCCUAAACAAAAUGGCUGGCCGACGCCAAGGUGAUCCCUUCAAUUGCGCUAUUCUCCCUUGGGUCACUGAUUUCACAUCCCAAGAUGGGACUUCUCUUCGUGAUCUAUCUCAAUCUAAGUUUAGAUUGACUAAAGGAGAGGUCCAAUUGGAUACUACUUACUAUUCAUCCAUGAAGGAUCACUUGGAAACCGUGGAAAAAUCUUUUAACCCCAUGUGCUUUGAUGUCUCCACUUCCGGGUUUUCUAAACAAUAUAUUCCGGAGUUAUUUCGUUCUUCCUGUGGCUUUGAAAGAUACUAUUCUAUUGAUGAAUCCAAAAGCAAAUGUUUGCCGACCCCAGCCAGAAGGACUCCAAAGGAGUUAUUAAUUCGUUAUGUUCGUCCUGUCUACAGGCCAAAGGAGUUUCCACUAAAUAUGGCAAGAUUGUAUGCCACAACACCCGAUGAAUGUAUCCCUGAAUUUUUCACAGAUCCCACCGUCUUUCAAUCUAUUCAUGAAGACAUGCCCGAUCUAGGCAUCCCAGAAUGGUGUUCCAAUCCCGAGGUGUUUAUCAAAUAUCAUCGGGAUCUUCUUGAAAGUGACAUUGUGUCGAAUAAUCUACAUGCAUGGUUUGAUCUAAUAUUUGGUUUCAAAGUAAGAUUUAUGCAGUGCCUUAUUCCUUUCACUAGUUUUUUUAGGUUAAUGCAUUCCAAGAACUUUUUAUAG